AUGGACAGCUUUGCUAACCAGCCGGGCGGUGGACGCGCUUCGCGGUCUGCCGUUGCCCUCCCCCGUCUCCAGGACCAAGCAGAGCAAGUUCUUCGCGAGCAGCUGCUUGCCGCCCAUCUAACGAACGCAUCUCACACGGCUCCCCCGCCGCCGCGCCCGCAGCCAGGUGUUCCCGCGCAUCUCCAGGCCGCCGCUGCUGCUGCCGGCGCCGGCGGGCAGAGAGACCAUAUCAUCGAUCCCGCCAUCUCGGGCAUGACUGCUGCUCCCCAGGUGCACACCACGGCCGCCAUGCUCGCCCAGCCCCCACAGGCUCAGGUCCCCGUCGGCCAGCAGGACAUGACCGGUGCUCCUCCGGGACUCGACCAGACAGGCGAACCGCGCAAGGUCUACGGUAAACGCGAGCUCUCGUCUUCCAAGCGAGCUGCUCAGAACCGUGCUGCCCAGCGCGCUUUCCGUCAGCGUAAGGAAGGCUACAUCCGUAAACUCGAGGAGCAGGUCAAGGAAUACGAAAUGUUGCUGGACAACUACAAAGCCAUCCAGGCGGAAAACUACCAGCUCCGCGAAUACAUCAUCAGCCUGCAGUCGCGACUCAUCGACUCCCAGAACGAGGUCCCCGAGCUGCCGGGAAACAUCGACCUCAGCCAGCCCCGUCCAGAGCCCGCCAUCGUCACCUCCGGCGGCCAGCAGCAGGGUCAGCAAGGCCAGCAGGGCCAGGCACAGCAGGGCCAACAGGGUCAGCAGCAGGCCGGUCAACAGCAGGGCCAGCAGCAGGGCCAGCAGGGCCACCAGCAAGGCGGUGCUGGCCAACACAGCUCGCAGUCUGAACUCAACGCUCUCAACCGCAUUGCUGUCGCCGGGCUAGGCGUGAGAAAGCACCAGCACGAAGAGGCAGCCUUCUUGGGCCAGGGCGGUAACUUCUCCAAGCGCACCAGACAGGACGGCCAGGACGACUCCCAGGCCGGAGAACAGUCCAAAGCAGAACAGAUCUAG